AGGGGUGGCCAGCAGCCCGCACCGAGCUGGAGCGGGCUCAGAGCGCCGAACACAAGGUGGCCGGCCGGAGGCUUGAGAGCCCCUGGGGCCACAUGAGCGGCCCUUCCCCUUCUUGACCCCGGAGCAGCGGGGCGCUGGAGGGAAGCCCAGACGCAGCUGGGGGAACAGCAGGCUCUCUUCACAUCCUGGCCCCUGCUGGGACCCGUGCUGCCCCUCCCGCCUCUGUGCCCCCUCCUCCCAGAAAUCCACCAUGGAGACUAAGGAUGAGGUCAGCGACACGGACAGUGGCAUCAUCCUGCAGUCUGGCCCGGACAGCCCCGUCUCCCAGACCAAGGAGCUGACCCACGCGGUGCGCAAGCAGCAGAGGGCCCUGGAGGCGCGGCUGGAGGCCUGCCUGGAGGAGCUGCGGAGGCUCUGUCUGCGAGAGGCGGAGCUGACAGGCACCUUGCCGGCAGAGUACCCCCUCAAGCCGGGAGAAAAGGCCCCCAAGGUGCGCCGCAGGAUCGGAGCCGCUUACAGGCUGGAUGAGUGGGCCUUGCGCAGAGAGGACCCCCAGAGCGGCCUGGAGCGCCAGCUGGCCCUGCAGCUGCAGAUCACCGAGGCGGCGCGGAGGCUGAGCUCCGAGGACAACCUCAGCCGGCAGGCGCGGCGGCAGCGCAAGCACGCGGCGCUGCAGGAGGAGAAGAAGCUGCGGGAGCUGCAGCGCUGCCUGGGAGAGCGCAGGCGCAGCAGUGAGCCCCCGCCUGUCACGCUGGGCCGAGAGCUCAGCGCCUCGGAUGAUAGCUCCCUGUCUGAUGGGCUCCUCCUGGAAGAAGAGGACUCACACAUGCCAAAACCUCCCCCAGAGUCCCCGGUCCUACCUUCCCGGCCUCUCCCACCCCAGAGUCUCGAGGGGCUGCAGCCAGCAGGGCCUCAGCCGGGGGGCCUAGAGCGGGCCCCCAUCCAGAACAGCCCUUGGAAGGAGACCAGCCUCGACCAUCCAUAUGAGAAGUCCAGGAAAUCUUUGGAGCCCAGCAGCGAGUCUAGUAGCCCAGCCACCACGCCACAGGACGGGGCCCUCACCUCCAGCCUGUGGCUGCUAGAGCCCAUCUCCUACCACAUGGUCCCCAUCCGCAGCGUUCCUGGCCAGCGACAGGGCCGCACCAGCGCCCCAGCCACCCCCGAGAUGCAAGGCAGGCGAGGCCAGGCACAGUCCCUGAGGCUGGACUCGUUCCGCGAGGCCCGGGGGCGCAGCGCCUUCCCCCGCCGGCGCCCCACGCACUACACGGUGACGGCGCCCGAGCCGCGCCGCCCGCAGAGCCCGCCCGCGCCGGGCGCCCGCCACUCCUGCUCCGAGGACAGCGGCUCCGAGGCCUCCAGCGUCUCCCACCCCACGUCCCCCGGCAGCAGCAGCCCCGACAUCUCCUUCCUGCGCCCGCUGUGCGCCCCGGAGCCCGCGCGGCCCCGCGGGGCCUGGGGCCCGGCGCCCCACGCCCCCAGGCUGCUGCUGCCCCCCGGCUUCUUCCCGGCGGCGGGGGCUGCGGCCGGGCGGUUCGUGGUCGUGGCCGAGAGCCCGGGGGGACUCGGCGAGUGGGAGCCCGGCGAGUGGGAGCGGCGCGGCCCGGGCGAGGCGGCCGCGGCCCUGCGCUUCCCGCGCCCCGCCGCCGCCCGGGGUCGCCUGGGGCGCACGCCGUCGCUGAAGGACGGCGCGGCGGGCCGCGCGCUCAGCCGGGCCGCGGUGUCCGAGGAGCUGCAGUGGUGGCACGAGCGCGCUCGGCUCCGCAGCCGACGCCCGCACUCGCUCGACCGCCACGGGGCCUUCCGCGUCCGCAGCCUGCCGCCCGGCCGGGCCCCGGCGCCGCCCCGCGCACAGGUACCCACCGUGUGUGUGCUCCGGAGAUCGCCCGAGGGGGCUCCUGUGCAAGUCUUUGUCCCUGAAAAUGGAGAAAUCAUCAGCCAAGUGUAACUGUUGGACGCCUCAGCUGCUGCUGGGAAAGACUUUGAGAGCGAGGCUGGAGCUGGGGCUGAGACCCCCCCUCACCCAUAAGUGCCUCCUUCGGCUCCCUCACCCCAUCGCAGGCCGAUGACCUGGAGCUGGAGAUGUUGUUUUCAUCUUCCACUAUCUAUGUGUUCCCUCCCUCUUCCUUCUUUCCAUAUGAGGAUUUAUAUUUGUGAUUUGUCCUCAAGUUCUUAUGAUGGGAUUCUACUCGAUCCCCCAGAGUCUAGCCUCUUUGGACUUAGGGCUUUGCUGGUUUUACUGACAACCUUAUAAGUGUCCUUAUACAAGACAAGUGUCCUUAUCCAAGACAGGUAGCAGAGAAAGGUUGUUGGACACUCUGCCCAGUCUGAGAAAGCUCCUGGCCCUUCUCUUCCCUCGUUGUUGAGGCUGAGUGAGGCACACACUCUCCUCCAUUUCCCAGGUCUCUUGAUACCAUAGACCGCAGGAGACUUUCCUCCCUGCUGCCCUGCUUAUAUGUGCUCUGUGAUGCACACCAAGUGGUAGGUUAAAGGUCAGAGUACCCUGGUAGAGUCUUGUCUUCCUGAACCCUGCUAUUUUGGGGGCCCAUAAAUCCCGUUAGAGGCUCCAGUCACUAUUCUCACUCCACGCCCUUGGGUUUCCAAGCUGCAAGCCCGUUUGGGUCUGCAGAAAAUUGUCACUUGAAAGCCCCCAGGCUGGAGGCUGGCUGACCCAGCCCUCUCUCUGAGAUCAUUUCUCAUCGUUCUAGAAACCAUCACGUGGCAAAUAUUUGGGGGGAAGGCACCGCUUUUGUGGCGUGUCUGGGGUGGGAGGAGGUGGUUACCACCCUUCUGUUCCCUGCCCAGCCAUGCUUGUCUCUGCUGUGAGAAGAAUCCUUAUUUGUACAUGCUGGGAAUGCUCUUUCCUGAGUCCUGCCGUGCUAGCUUGUCAUAAAGGGCAUUCAGGGAUUGCCCAGCUGUUGAGGCCGGGCAAGCCUGCAAGCUAGCUGCAUGCACUGAGACCAGCAUCUCCACCGAAGGCCUCUCUGCUGCCAGGUCAGAUGCCCAGUUUGAGAGAGCUGCAUUCCAGUUUUGCCUGCGUAGAACUCUUCCCCUGCAGGAUCCUGAGACUGAGAACCUCACAGAAGGCUGCAAGAACAUGGUGCCCUUCUCCAUGUUGGCCCGUGGCACUGGGUACAGAACAACGAGGGACACAUGCUCUUUCGCUGUGUGCCUGUCACAAACUGCAGUAGGCCCCCUUUUGGGGUCCACCCGCCCCUACUUUGAUAGGACAUUCAUUUGCUGAGCCUUGGCUCCUUCCCUCCCCCCACCCCCAACACACCUGAACAUCCUCCACAUUAACUUAUUGCCAUGGCAGAGUGGCCGGCCCUCGGCUGCAGGACUGGAACUAGGUGAGGUCUUUGUGCCAAAAACUUCAAUAAAGUCUG